AUGGCACACCAAGCACACUCCUACCACAUAGUUGACCCAAGCCCAUGACCAAUCUUCGGCGCAGCUGCCGCCCUACUAACCACCUCAGGCCUAAUCAUAUGAUUCCACUUUAACUCCUCCCUCUUACUAGCAACAGGCCUCCUUUCAAUACUUCUAGUCAUAAUCCAAUGGUGACGAGACGUGGUCCGAGAGAGCACCUUUCAAGGCCACCACACCCCAACUGUCCAAAAAGGCCUACGAUAUGGAAUAAUUCUUUUUAUCACGUCAGAAGCCUUCUUCUUUCUUGGAUUCUUCUGAGCCUUCUUCCACUCAAGCCUGGCCCCAACACCAGAAUUAGGUGGACAAUGACCCCCUACAGGAAUCAAACCCCUAAACCCCCUAGAAGUCCCCCUACUCAAUACAGCCAUCCUCCUGGCAUCAGGCGUCACCGUAACAUGAGCCCACCAUAGCAUCACAGAAGGUAACCGUAAACAAGCCAUUCACGCACUAACCUUAACCAUUCUCCUCGGGUUCUACUUCAUAGCCCUCCAAGCAAUAGAAUACCAUGAAGCCUCAUUCUCAAUCGCUGACAGCGUUUACGGCUCCACUUUCUUCGUCGCCACAGGAUUCCAUGGACUCCACGUAAUCAUUGGAUCCACCUUCCUUACAGUCUGCCUCUUACGACUAAUCAAAUUCCAUUUCACAUCAGACCACCACUUCGGAUUCGAAGCAGCAGCCUGAUACUGACACUUUGUAGACGUCAUCUGACUCUUCCUCUACAUGUCAAUAUACUGAUGAGGAUCCU